UUUUUUAUCCUCUUUCGCAGCAACGGAAUGUUUCAGUCACCAGCAGGGAGUUUGAUAAUAUGAGGGAUACAUUAUGCAAAGUCCUAUCGACCAGCAGUGGCAUUGAUUCGAUUGCGAAAUUGAUAUCUACCAAGUAUCGAAAUCAUCUCAAGGGUAACACAUUCAUCAGAGCAUUGACAACUGCGAUAUUUACCAACUCAAUUGAAAACGAAUCUAAGCUGUCGCUGUCCAAGUUGCUAGCAUUCCAACGAUUGUUCCCCAUAUAUGUCGAUGACAUUGAUAAGGAGAUGCAGUGUUUGUAUAGUCUAAAUACUUUAAUUAACAAAAUGGAGUAUCCUCAAGGUCUUCUACUUCAAAUUUGCAAUUGCCUUUAUGAUAUGGGAGCUAUUGAAGAAGAAACUUUCAUUAGGUGGAAAAAUGAUGAUAAUCCAAAUGAACAGGCGGGCAAAG